AUGAGUAGAUGCAACAAGAAAGGGCUUCCCAAUGACAUGCCGAUUAACAAGGUCAAAGAGAUCCUAAAUUGUUUAUUUAUUAUUGGACACAGACCGGUGCAAAGGAAGGCCGAAGAAUGUGACAGGGAGGAUAUCACCUAUAAUACGACACUCGACAAGGAAGAUGUGGGGUAUAUCACCGGAAAAAUCAAUGGAAAGAAGGCUGUGGGAAUAGAUGGGAUCCCAGGAGAAAUAGUUAAGUUGCUGGUAAACAACAGAAGAAAACUAUUCACUAAGGUGAUUAACAAUAUUACGGACUCUGGAAGGAUCCCUAGAUGCUGGAAAACAGCAAGAGUAAUAUUGCUCAGGAAAUCGGGUAAGAACCCUAAGUUCCCCAACGCAAACCGACCAAUAAGCAUAUUCCCAGCCUUGAGUGAGUUAUGGGAGCAGUGCUUAAAGGAGAUUGUGGAAAGACGUAUGGGAGCGGAACCGUUCCAUAGGAGACAAUACGGGUUCAGGAAAAGAAGGAGCACGGUGGAUGCGAUUACUCGGAUGAUCAAAUUCGCAGACACCUGUAAGAAAAAAAGGGUGAUCUGUUUGAUGAUUACGAUGGACAUUAAGAAUGCAUUUAACACCCUUAGAUGGGAUAGUAUUAUUGGAGAAUUGACCAGGAGGAAGCUGCCUUCAGUUCGGUACAGUGGAGUACGAGAUGACCUGGCAAUCACAUGUGCCGCGAAGAAAAACGAAGGUGUCAGUGGGAAAGUAGGUGAGAUUAUGAAAACCGUGUGUGACUGGUGUGCGAGUGUGGGCUUGACGCUGGCCAAGGACAAGACUGAAGUAAUUCUAAUUAUUGGUAUGCGGGUGCUCAGAGUUAUUGGCCUUAAUGUAGGCGGCUUGCCUACUAAUACGGUGGAGGCGGUUAAGUAUCUUGGUGUCACGAUUGACUCGCACAGGAAAUUUGACAAACACAUUGUCACUGUGUACAAUAAAGCAGACAUCAGGAUAGGAGCACUCAGAGGAAUUCUGCCGAAUAUCAAUGGUCCGCCUGGCUUGGCACGCAGGCUCUAUUACAAUGUUUGGGAAUCCAUCGUGACAUAA